AUGAAAGGAAAGUUCUUAUUUGAGAUUCCAAGGCAAUAUGUUUUGCAUUGUUGGACUAAAGAAGCUAUGAAGAAACCAAUUUUUGGCUUAAACAACUUGUUUGAUGGGGCAGAGAAGGAUAAGAAGCAAAAGCUAGUUGGUGAUUUAUGGUACAAGUUUUUUUCAUGUGUAAGUCUUUGUGAGGAAAAAGUUGAAUACCUUGAGUCAUUGUUGUCUAAGCUAAUAUCUUUUGAAAAUGAGAUGAAAGACUUAGAUUCUAUAAGUCCAGUUGAUAAACGUGAGGCAAAAAAUAAACACAUCGAAUUAUUUGUUGGAUCUAAUGACAUAGUUGUUGAUAUUCUUCCUCCAAACAAGUCUUCCAACAAAGGUAGUGGUAGUGGGAAAAGGAAAAAAUCCGACAAAGAGAUAGCUAUUGAGGAAAGCCAAAGGAAAGAUAGACUUUGUAGAACUUGUGGUCAGAGAACAAACCAUGAUAGUCGGAAUUGUCCGCAAAAAAAUUCCAACUUGAAUGAGGAUUUUAAAAAAGAGUAG